AUGAUAGCUCGUCUUUUCAAUGCGCCUCUUGGAGACACUGAGACCGCUAUGGGAGUAGGGACGGUUGGGUCUUCAGAAGCCAUCAUGUUAGCCGGAUCGGCCUUCAAAAGGAACUGGCAAAAUAAAAGCAAAGCUGAGUGUGAACCCUAUGAUAAACCCAACAUUGUCACCAGAUCCAAUGUUCAAGUGUGUUGGGAGAACACAAUAUGUGUUGCUGCCAUACUUGGGUCCACACUCACUGGUGAGUUCGAAGAUAUCAAGCGCCUUAAUGACUUGCUGGUCAAGAAAAAUGAAGACACUGGCUGGAACACUCCAAUUCACGUUGACGCAACAAGUGGAGGCUUCAUAUCACUGUUUAUUUACCCUGAAUUGGAAUGGGACUUUAGGCUUCCAUUGGUGAAGAGUAUCAAUGGCUACAAGAAUGUGAUGGAGAACUGCAGAGAGAACAUGUUGGUUCUCCGAGAAAGGAUAGAGAAAACAGAGCGUUUCAACAUUGUCUCAAAGGAUGUAGGCGUGCCACUCGUAGCUUUCUCUCUCAAAGGCCAGAGUUUCCACAACGAGUUUGAAAUCUCUGAGAUGUUACGACGUUUCGGCUGGAUUGUCCCAGCUUACAUUAUGCCUGCGGAUGCGCAGCACAUAACGGUUCUGCGUGUUGUCAUUAGGGAAGAUUUCUCAAGAACACUUGCAGAGAGACUUGUGGCUGAUAUUUUGAAGGUACUUUCAUGA